AUGGAAAUAGAUCCAACUAAGAAACAAAGUUUUAAAGACAUGUUAAGAGACAAGCGCACAGAUCUCAAUCGAACCUAUGAAAAUACCAACCAAUCUGUGAUUUGUGAUGAUGCUGAUGCCACUGAUGUAGAUGUCAUUCCAAUUUCAAAAGAAGAAAAAGACUGGAUCUACCUCCGAUGGCAGUACUCCGUCAUUGUAAAGUUAGUGGGCAAAAGAAUUGGGUAUCAAUAUUUCUGUACAAGACUUAUCGAUCUCUGGAAGCCCACAGAAAACCUCAUCCUAAUAGAUUUGGGGGAAGACUUCUACAUAGCUAAGUUCAGCAAAAUUGAGAAUAAGAACAAAACCCUCCAUGAGGGACCAUGGUUUGUUGUCGGCAAAUUCCUCUCCGUCAAGCAAUGGGAACCCAACUUCGCACCACAAAAUUCCACGCCCACCCACACAACGAUCUGGGCCCGACUGCCCAACUUACCAAUCGAAUUCUACGAUCAAAGCAUAUUGGAGAAAAUUGGAAGGAAACUAGGCGCACUGCUGAAGAUUGAUUCAUGUACCUCUGCCAAGUUAAGGGGGCGUUAUGCGAGAAUAAGUGUCCAAGUCCCUCUGCAGUUUCCAGUCAAGAAGUCAAUCACCGUUGGCUCCCAUAAAUAA